AGAAAAUGAAAAAUUUUAUGUUUCAGUUUUCCCCCAAAUCGAACCAGUGAAUCGUACUAGUACUCUUUAUUUCCAGGGUUUUAGUUUCUUUCUCAAACUCCUUCUCUCUCCAUUGAAGCAUUUCUUCUCUCCAUCCACAGUUAAAGAUGGUUAUCCCACCUCCUGUCAGACCAGAUAGAAUUACAAAGUUUCUGAAGCCAUACGUGUUAAAGAUGCACUUUACAAACAAGUAUGUGAACGUGCAAGUUAUCCACUCACCCACCGCCACAGUGGCUGCCUCUGCGAGCUCUCAGGAGGUAGUGUUAAGAGAGGUCAUGGAAAACAAACGGGAUGUUGCUGCAGCAGCAAAGAUCGGAAAGAUAUUGGGGGAACGGUUGUUGAUCAAGGAUAUCCCUGCUGUUUCAGUGUUCCUAAAGAGAGAGCAGAAAUAUCAUGGUAAGGUUAAAGCUGUUAUUGAUUCUUUGAGGAACUCUGGUGUAAAGCUACUUUGAUAAAAGCUCACUUCUGUGCUUAGGAGGUUGAGAAGCUUUGUACCAAACAACAAGCAGCUAGCUUUUCUUUUUCUUUUUAGUCUGUCAGGACUCUUGACUCCAUUGAUAUUUCUUUGUUUCGGGCACUCGGUCUGUGAAUGAAUUAGACUACUCAGGAAUGCUUGUUUUGGUGCCUUCAAGUCCUUUGAAUUCUGGCUAUGGUAAUUCAUUAUGACUGCUUUAUGGACAGUGACUACAUCAUAUAGAUAUCUGAGAAUAUGUUGGAA